GGGAAAGCAUCAUGCCCUAUAUAUAAAAUGACGGAAAGCAAGCAUGCUCUUAAUUUGUAGCCAAGACAAUGGAUGGGAAGCUCGAAUCUAAGGGCAAGGUUUGUGUGACAGGGGCUUCUGGCUUUCUGGCUUCUUGGCUAAUUAAGCGACUUCUCUUGUCUGGAUAUCAUGUCAUUGGAACUGUUAGAGAUCCAGGAAAUGAGAAGAAAUCAGCGCAUCUGCUGAGGUUGGAAGGAGCGAGGGAGAGACUCCGGCUGGUGAAGGCUGAUCUAAUGGAAGAGGGCAGCUUUGACGAUGCAAUCAUGGGAUGCCAUGGUGUUUUCCACAUUGCUUCUCCUGUGAUGAAAACUUCAUCUGAUCCAAAGGCAGAAAUCUUGGAACCGGCUAUUCAGGGUACACUAAACGUUCUAAGUUCAUGCAAAAAGAAUCCAUCUCUAAGGCGUGUAGUUCUCACCUCAUCUUCUUCAACCGCGAGGGCAAGAGAUGAUUUUGACCCCAAUAUACCUUUGGACGAGACAUCUUGGAGCUCUGUCGAACUCUGCGAGAGACUACAGAUAUGGUAUGCUUUAUCAAAAACGCUGGCUGAGAGGGCAGCAUGGGAUUUCUGCAACAAAAAUGGGAUCGACCUGGUGACCGUACUGCCCGCAUUCGUCAUUGGACCUAGUUUGCCACCAGACUUGUGUUCUACUGCAUCAGAUGUGCUUGGCUUACUUAAAGGGGAAACAGAGAAAUUCCAAUGGCAUGGAAGGAUGGGAUAUGUCCACAUAGAUGAUGUAGCACUUUGCCACAUCCUUGUUUACGAACAUGAAGCUGCUUUCGGACGAUACCUUUGUAGCUCUACUGUUGUAGAUAAUAAUGAGUUAGCAUCCUUGUUAGCUGCUCGAUACCCUUCCCUGCCUAUCCCAAAAAGGUUUGAGCAACUAAACAGACCACAUUAUGAGUUGAACACAUCGAAGUUGGAGAGUUUGGGAUUCAAGUUCAAAUCAAUACAAGAGAUGUUUGAUGAGUGUAUUGCAUCCCUGGUGGAGCAAGGUUACAUUUCUGUCUAGCAAUGCUCUGUGGUGACACUUCUCCUGCCCACAAUCA